AUGAAGCUGAACAAAUGUAGUGUGGCUCACUAUGCCACCUGCGGCUCGCCGCCAGACAUGAUGGGUUUUCUGUUCAAGAAGGGGGAGUGGAACACAGCCUACCACAGGCGCUGGUUCAUCCUGAAGGGCAACAUGCUAUUCUACUUUGAGGAGUGUGAGAGCCAGGAACCCAACGGCGUCAUCGUGUUGGAGGCCUGCACCGUGAUGCUCUGCAAAUCAGCUGAAGAGCUCGCCUUUACCAUCAAGUUUGACUGUGCCAAGGUGUGUGUCUACAAGAUGGCGGCGGAGAACCAGGCAGCCAUGGAAUCUUGGAUGAAAGCUGUGUCACGAGCCAGCUUCGGCUACAUGCGCCUGGUGGUGUGGGAGCUGGAGGAGAUCCAGGAUGGGCCUGGAUGGCUGCAGGGCAUGCCCAAGUCCUCCAGGAAGGUUGUGGCGGUGGCACGCUCCAAAUCAGGAACAUCAUCCAGUGCUCCCCUGGUGCCCUCUUCCCAGGUUACAGGUUCAGCUGUCGCACAGGGGGAGACUCAUACCCUCAGCCUUCAGGAGGAGGUGCAACUCCUUUCAGGCAGAUCUAAAGAGAGUAAGCCCUCUGCUCAGGUCAAUGGGUGCGCAGACUGCCCCCCUCUGGUGUGCCGUGGGAGGGGAACAGAAAUGGGAACGGAGGGGGCGAUGUGGUCAGGCCUCCGCCUGUGCCUCCGCGCAGUAGGGGUGCGUCUCUCUCCUGAGUUUUGCUUCUCCAAAUUUCACGACUGGUACAGAAAAUAG